AGCCAUAGUGUGCAGUAUAGCAGUAUUGAGUGUGGUCUCAGUGCUGUCAGGUCUGUGUGCUUCUCCCUGCUUGCUGUUGGCUCCUGAGCGCGUGCGCCAGCCUCCAGUGCAGCAUGCGUCCUGAGCCACGUUUUAGUGGCGCUCAGAAGAAACAAGCGCACAUUCAACAGGUUCACCGAGACCCAGCAGAUUCUCUCCUGACCCACUCAUUCAGCACGUCAUCAAAGGAAAAAAACAUCACUACUAAAGCGGAUACCUGUUUAAAUGGACAAUUCGUCAAGUUGGUCACCGGAUGCGCAAUCUAAAAACUUUUCCAAGACUUUGUAGAGUUUUUUUUUUAGUUUGCGCGCUGGUUCUUUGGAAGCUUGUCCAUCUCGAGCGCUUGUGGUUGGUUUGCAUUUGAAACCAUGGCGUUUAAAUGCACCGUUUUGGCGCACCUGCUCCUCUUUUCGAUCAUAUGUGUACUUACUCAUGGAGUGUCAGACUUUGUGCUGGAUGUCGCACCUGAUGAAGUCAGUGACAGCAUGGAAACCGACAGAGUUUCACAGCAUAUGUUCAAACUCUACGAGAAAUACACCAGAGAACCGCACUGGCCAAAAAACACAAAUACUGUGAGAAGUUUUAAAGCCAAGCCUGAAAGCUUGGAGCAAAGAGAUUUGUAUCACCUAAAUCUAACUCUGCUUCAAGAUUCUGAGGUCGUUCUCACCUCCACACUUCACUUCUUUUUUGACAAGCGGCCACGCCAGAGGUCCUGGUUCUGCAAGCGCCUCCGCAGUCCUUCCUGUCGCCUCCAGAACCAGCACUACUUGCCUUCAUUUCAUCUUUUGUUCCGAAGUUGUUCCUCUGAUUCACUUUUGGGCUCAUUGCUUGGGAACAUCACUUUUUACCCACACAGUAGAGGGAUAUGGCAAACCAAGGAUGUGUCUCAAAUUAUAAAGGAAGCAAGACUCAGGAAGCAGGCCAUGAUAACGCUGGAGUUUGACUAUGGCAAAAAAUAUCAGAGGCAUCAGGAGCGCUUGUCAGCCUUCAGCCUGCCAUACAUGCUAGUGCAUGCCAACGACCAAGCCAUAUCAGAGCCCAACAGUGUGGCCAUGAGCUUACAGAGGUAUGACCCAUUCCCUGCGGAUGAGAAGACCACUCAGUCUUCAAACACUUCACCUGAUAUGCGGGUUAAAAGGGACUUGUAUUUUCCUGACCCCAUCCAGAACAAUGAACUUCCUGAAGUGGAGUAUAACAGCUUCACGGAGCAUGAUAAGUGGGAAAGCACUUAUCUAGCACUGAAGCCAAAGCCUUCUAAAAAGGAGCAGAGAAAGAAGGAUCAUGGGAGUGUUGAUGGAACAAACAAGUUAGAGGUUCUCAGCUUUGAUGAGAAAACCAUGAAGAAAGCACGGAGGAGACAGUGGAGAGAGCCGCGUGUCUGUUCCAGGAGGUAUCUGAAGGUGGAUUUUGCAGAUAUUGGCUGGAGUGAAUGGAUCUUGUCCCCUAAAUCCUUUGACGCCUACUACUGCGCAGGAACGUGUGAAUUUCCCAUACCUAAGGUUGUUCGCCCUUCCAACCAUGCAACCAUUCAAAGUAUAGUGAAGACGGUUGGUAUCAUUCCAGGCAUCCCAGAGCCCUGCUGUGUACCUGAAAAAAUGAACCCUCUCAGCGUCCUAUUUCUGGAUGAAGCCAAAAACAUUAUCUUAAAGAACUACCCCGACAUGUCAGUGGAGACAUGUUCCUGUCGAUAGGCUCAGUGGUCAAUGGAAUAACCACAUAUUUGGAGACAUAGUUAUGUGUUGUGGUUACAACACCAAAACGAAAUGUGAAGAUGCAUAGUUGCCACAUACUGUACAGUGCACACUACAAAGUUAUGUUGUUAAGGGCUUUACACACUCUGUGCAUUCAUUCCAAUUUACAGUUGUCUUUAUAAUGAGGAUUUUUUUUAUCUAUAAUGAUGAACUUUGUCUCUGAGAAUACAUUCUGUGUAAAUUUAUUAAGAGAUUGUUUGGUUCACUAGUUAUUGCCUUGCUGCUUUUUGUACGAAAUGGAGUCAUUAUUUGUGAUGGCAAAUGAUGGCAGACAGCAAAGAUUUUGUCAAAAUUCUAUGUAGAGAUAUCCAGGUGGAACAGAGUUUAUUUAAAUUAUGCUUGGAAUAAAAAUGUCCAUAGUAGGAAACAGUGUAGCACUUCUAUUGUGCAACGAGACCAAGCACCAGGUAGUCAAAAUGCUUGGCAUUUAAGUUACUUUAAAUAGUAUAUAAACAUGUACCGCCUUCUGAACUGAGUUUACAUGUCAAUAUAUAUCAUAUAACAUCAGCAGAUACUCCACAGCUAGAGAUUCAGUUUUAAAACUAAUACUGAGGCUUUGAAACCAGGCUUCGGUUUCAAGACUGUUAAGCAUUGAGCUAACAAUAAGCCACUCAUAUUUAAACGUUUUCCUUGGAAUAUUUCCAAGUGGUUGUGUGUCAGAAGUAGACUACUCACCAAGGGCACCAAUGUGUUAAAUCAUCCUCAGACAGCUUGUGUUACUUUUAAAAAUGUAAUCCAAGAGUUCAGAGACACUAUAGGGGAUUAUGAGUAUGAAUGGGAAUGUAUUAUCUCCUUAUCCAUGUCUACAUAACAGUAUUUAAUAAUUGACCUAAGUGUGAAAUAUUUGGGUUGAAUGUGUUUGUAUACAAAACAUAUAAGGUCAGUGUUUCAGUAUGAUAUAUGUUAGAAAAUGUAUUUUUGUACAUGUGGGUUUUUUUUUAAAUUAUGAACUGAAAUUAGUUAUAUGUAUAGUGAUAUAUAGAAUUUAAAAAAGAGUCUUGAUUUUGUAACAGCAUAUUGAUAUUUACUGUUAAAAGCAGGUUCUAUUGAGAAGCUUUUGUUGUACAGAUCUCUGAAAACAUGUGAAGAGGGUCAACAUUGAUUGCUCUCUGAAAGCACCCUUCUCCACUUCGACAUCAAAGAAAAGGAUAGAUGAGUCCUCGCUUCUCCUAGUCGACGUUUCAAACCCACUUCAAGAGCACCGGGUCUUUGAGAGCAGGAUGUUAACGUUUUUCUCCCAACAAAUGAUGUCACUCCUUUCAAACACACUCAAGACAUUGUCAUCUGCAGCAGACCAGAGAAGCUAAUGAUUUAUUUGAACAUUAGCCAGUUAGUCAGUGCUACGAAUAAAAAAGUAAAAUGAA